AGAGAAUCUGUGGCCUCUGUGCGGCUCUCGGCGUGUUUUACCGAAUCAGGAGUUAUUGAGCAGUUAUGAAACUUCAGUAACCGAACAGUUACAAAACAGAGGCACUAAACUAUCGCACAGCGAUCCUCCGCCUCUGCACAGAGAAAACAGAGACACUAAACUACCUCUCAGCACAGCGAUCCUCCUUUUCUGCACAGAGAACAUGGAUAAAACAGUGAGUUUACCCGAUCAGCCCAACAAAACCACCACAGUCACUUUGGUGGAAACCAACAGCAAUCCAAGUGGAAUGGUUCUGGUUAACACCUACAUGACCAAUCGAGUCGGAGAUCCAAUGGACCUUGUUGCUUUGGCGCAGCACGUUCAGAAGGGUGAUGAAUUUGUCAGAGCUAACGCUUGUAACAGGUUGACCGUGAUUGCUGACCAAAUAAGGUACCUGCAGGAACAAGCCAGAAAGGUUUUGGAAGAUGCUAAGAGAGAUGCUGACCUCCAUCACGCAGCCUGCAAUGUUGUGAAGAAGCCAGGAAACAUGUACUACCUGUACAUGCGUGAAUCUGGACAGCGCUACUUUUCUAUUUUGUCUCCAAAGGAAUGGGGUUCUAGUUGUCCACACAAGUUUCUUGGGGCGUACAAACUGCAGCACGAUAUGUCCUGGACUCCAGUAGAAGAGGUUGAAAAGAGGGAUGCUGAAAUCAGUAUAAUGGACAAACUACUGAACAGUCAAGCCGCUCUGCCUGCAUGCACAGAACCUAAUUUUGAGGGACUUUCCAAGUGAGAGGACUUUUAUCAGAAGAGACCACUGAUCCUACAACAAUUAAGAAAAGUUUUGCAUAAUUUUUAAAUCAGAAUAAAGUCUUUCUAUGUGAUUUUAAUGGAUCAAAAUGAUAUGAAACUGUCUUAAAUGGACCAUGGUUUGUCAACCUGUGGUUUCCGGACACUGUUAAAUCUAGAUUUGUGUUUAUAUAUUGUUCACAUUUUGGCAGUUUCAUAAGUGUCACCUGUCUUACUCUUUGUUUACAGAUCACAUUGCUAACUGUUUAAAGCUUUGUAUGAUCUCAAGUUUGGGACUGGUAUUAAAAAGAACUAGAGCUGCAUGAUAUUUAGAAAGAACGGGGCAUUGCAAUAAUUUUAUUCUGCGAUUAUAUAUACAGCUAUGUAAAACAUUUAGAGACCACUUUUUUUCUGAACCAGUUAUAAUUUAUAGGUAUAUGUUUGAGUAAAAUGAACAUUGUUGUUUUAUUCUAUAAACUACAAAAAACAUUUUUUUCCAAAUUCCAAAUAAAAAUAUUGUCAUUUAGAGCAUUUAUUUGCAGAAAAUAAGUAAUGGACGAAAUAACAAAAAAAAGAUGCAGAGCUUUCAGACCUCAAAUAAUGAAAGAAAACUAGUUCAUAUUUAUAUGCAAGUUUUAAGACUUCAGAAAUCAAUAUUUGAUGGAAUAACCCUGUUUUUUAAUCACAGUUAUGAUGCAUCUUGGCAUGCUCUCCUCCACCAGUCUUACACACUGCUUUUGGAUAAUUUUAAGCCUUAUACUCCUAGUGCAAAAAUUUAAGCAGUUCAGCUUGAUUUGCUGGCUUGUGAUCAUCCAUCCUCCCCAUCAUUUUUAAGUGGUGUCUUCUUUUAAGAGCUGUAUAUUUCUGCAGACAUCAUGCUAUUCAUAAGGCAUUAUGUGUAUCCCACAUUGGUGUAAUAAAUUAAUUGUAAAAGUCA